UUUGCCAUCUUCUUAAUCUCCCUUUCUUUCUUUUCCACGUACGAUUUCAGCCCAAAAAGGAAAUGUUGUCUCUCAAUAUAUCACGUUACUCAAAGCCAUCAGCAUACAGGGUGUCAGAAUUACCCAAGCCGUGUCUCACCAACUCAAAAGAUGUGAUCAUCAAAGUGUAUGCCGCUGGCAUUAAUCCAAUUGACGUCAAAAGAGCCGCUGGGGCUCUGAAACUUGCAGUGGAAGAUCCCUUUCCGUAUAAAAUCGGCUAUGACUGUUCCGGCAUCAUUACCGAGACCGGAAGAGAUGUGAAGAAGUUCAAUAUUGGAGAUGCAGUCUACGUCAAGUUGCCCGAAAUUUCUCGAGGAUCAUGCAGUGAAUUUGUCAGAUGUUUAGAGGAGCACAUUGCCCUUAAACCGCCCUGCUUGUCUUUCGAGGAAGCAGCCUCGAUUCCACUGGCGGCAAUGACGGCUCAUCAGGCUCUUCGGCUAUAUCGUGGUGAUCUUUCCGGGAAAACUGUCUUUGUACCCGCUGGAUUGAGCGGCACAGGUUUAUUUGCGUGCCAAUUGGCAAAGCAUGUGUUUCGUGCUGGGAAGGUCAUAACCACGGUCUCUACGGCAAAAAUCCCGAAAUUAAAAAAACUAUUGGGGGAAAAUACUGUUGAUGAGGUGAUCGACUACACAAAAUUCGACCCUAGAGACGUUAUUGAGCAUGGAACAGUGGACUUUCUCUUCGACACAGCGGGCCUUGCCAUGGAGCUCCUGUGUCUGAUGCGACCUGGAUCCAGUCGUAUCGUAUCAGUUUCAACUAUGCCCUCUGGUAAUCAAUUGCAAGAUUCACCACUCAUGGAUUUGGCUCAUCGGCCGACUGUCCCAUUUGCUUUUCGAAUGGGUCUUAACCUGCUUGAUCAAAUUCGAAAAGUCAGAGCACAUCGUUAUGAGACCGAGUAUUCCUACCUAUUUUUGGAAUCAACCGGAAAGGAUUUGGAUGAACUGAAACAGUAUAUCGAAGAUGGGAGACUCAGAACAGUAAUUGGAACUAUCGCUGAUAUCCGAGAUACUGAAGCUGUGCGAAAGGCUUGUGAUGUAAUUUACUCUGGGCGAGGAGGGCUUGGAAAGCUAGUGAUACGUGUUUGCACGUCUGCGCAGUCAUUUCAAGGCUAGUUUGAUUUUUGAUAGUAAGCCUGCGAUGAACCGAGCUAUCCUAAGAUGAUCAUGUCCUCCAUCUACUACGUCGUGCUAAUCCAUCAUUUUGGUCUGUUUGGGAGCUGCCCACGUACUAACUAUUUUCUGCUCUUUUAAAUAUUAC